AUGUACUAGCCUUCAUCAUAUUUGCACAAUUUUUUUCUUUGUUUCAAGUGUUUAAAAUGUUAUAGAAUUAUAAAGAUAGAUUUUACCAAGCUAAGCUCUCUGUAAUUGCAUGAAUUUUGAGAGUUAAUUAUAUCUUAAUCCCAUGUUAUACUAAUCAUGGUACGCUUCCUACGUUUAAAAUUGAUUACAUUUUUGAUUAGCAUUAUAUUAUUAAAUGAAAUUGAAUCAAGCAAGCUGGUCUUUUUGCUCGUGGAUGGAUUUCGAUGGGAUUAUUUUAAAUUACCAGGACUGAACCUGAACGGAUUCACGAGACUGUUCGAGCAUGGAACUAGAGCUGAAUGGACUGUGCCAGCAUUCCCUACAAACAGUUUCCCUAAUUAUAAAACGUUAGAGACUGGUCUGCACGUAGAGAAUCAUGGUUUUGUUGGCAACUACAUGUAUGAUGAACAGUCUGGACUCGAGUUCGAGCUUCUAAUGAAUAAUGCGGACAGUCUACAGCCUCGCUGGUGGAACACAGCGGAACCUUUCUUUAUUACCGCUGAAAAACAGAAUAUUCGGACAGGCCUGUACUAUGUGAGAGGUUGUCAGAUAGCUGUUGAUGGUAUAACUCCCACAUUUUGUCUACCAUACCAUGGCUACCCGAGCAAGGAAGAUAUAGACUGGGCAAUACAGGAUUCACUAGACAAGAUGAAAAACGAACAGCUUGAUAUUGCUUACAUUUACCAUCAAGAGGUUGAUCACAUGGGGCACGAGUAUGGUCCGAAUUCUGAGCAGGUAAAGCAUACCGUGAAUGAGGUAGAUGGUCAUAUUAACGAUAUGUUGGAUAUUAUUGAAAUAAACAAACAGAAGGAUGUAGAUGUGAUAGUUUUGUCAGACCAUGGAAUGGCGUCCAUUGAUCAACUGCACUUGAUUAACAUAACAGAAGUUCUAGAUAUGGAUAAUGUUAAACAAAUAACAGAAGGUGGAACCCAAGCUUAUAUCUGGCCUGUACACGGGAAAGAAAAACAUGUUUAUGAUCAGCUGAAAUCCUUUCAUCAAAAUUUGCAUGUGUAUCUCAGGGAAGAUUUACACAAUCGAUGGUUUUUCAAGAACCACAGUUUAAUACCCCCAAUAUUUCUUACAGCAGACAAAGGCUGGUUUAUCGCACAUCCGAAAUCAUCAGACAGAUAUUUUGAGUUAAGUAGAAGCCCAUGGCAUGGUAACCAUGGUUUUGACAACACCGAUCACGAUAUGAGAUCAAUAUUUGUUGCCUACGGUCCAGACUUCAAAAAGAAUCAUACUGUCAAAGCCUUUCCUAACAUUAAUGUAUAUCAAGUGCUGUGUUAUGUUACUGGUAUAAAAGCGAACCCGAACAAUGGCACGUGGUCUGAGGUCAAAGACAUGAUUGCUUCAAGUGAACCAAUUGAAAAACAUUUAGAACUCUGAAAGCACAUAAACUUUGUAAUUUUGAAACAUGUGCUUUAAGAGGGUUGACACUGAGUUAUUUAAUUUAAAGCAUAUUUCUACAUUAUAUACGAUUUAUUUCAAUUUGAUUAAACUAUUAAUUUCAA